AUGUCUAUCCUCAUCAUCAACGGACCAAACCUCAAUCUCCUCGGCACCCGCGAGCCCGCCAUCUACGGCCACGAAACCCUAUCAGAUGUCGAAGCCACCGCAAAAUCUCUCGCCUCCACCCACGGCUUAUCCUUAGAAACCUUCCAGUCCAACCACGAAGGCGCCAUCAUCGACCGCAUCCACGCAGCCGCUGGUUUCGGACCCCAAGGCGAUGGCCAAAAACACGUAGACUGGAUCAUCAUCAAUCCUGGCGGUCUGACACAUACCUCUGUGGCAUUGAGAGAUGCAUUGGGCGGCGUGAAUAUUCCGUUCGUCGAGUGCCAUAUCAGUAAUGUGCAUGCGAGGGAGGAGUUUCGCCAUAAAAGCUUCUUGAGCGAUAAGGCGGUUGCUGUUAUUGCUGGAUUGGGGACGUUUGGGUAUGAGGCUGCGAUUGGUUUUGUUGCGAGGAAAAUUAAAGCUGCGAAGUAG